CCUGCUACUUGCAAACUCUGCUCCUGAGCAGUCUUCUUCAUUUCCUUCCCGCCAUAAAAGGGAUCAUGCUGCUGUGCAAAACAGAGAAAUGGAAGCCCUGUCUAUCAUCCUAGUGGGAGCAGCUACACUAGUUCUAUGCUCGCUCUUUGCAUCGCGCUUCUUGUAUCCGCUUCCACCGGGUCCAUGGGGUACUCCACUCUUUGGGCAUUUGUACUCGCUCGGGGAAUUGCCACACCAGACUCUCUCAAAGCUCUCCAAGAAGUAUGGCCCGAUCAUGACUGUCAGGCUGGGAAUGGUUCCAGCACUGGUGAUUGACUCGCCGCAGUGGGCACGAGAAUUUCUUACAACACAUGAUAUUGCAUUUGCCUCUAGGCCUCAGAAUACAAACUCGAAGUAUUUGUUCUUUAAUGGCAGCGACGUUGGGUUUUCUCCGUAUGGUGAGCACUGGAGGAAUCUGAAGAAACUCAUCACUAUGGAGCUCUUCACCGCCAAGAAGAUGGAGGUUUUCAAAUCUCUACGUGCCAAUGGGAUCCUCCGCGUGCUGAAAUCCAUCGCUGCGGAGGAAGGCAACGUAGUCAGCAUAAGGAAUUUGCUCUCUAUGCUCAACAUGAACAACAUAAGUCAGAUGGCUUUCAGCAAGCAAGUAAUUGAUGAUCCAAUAUUUCAGAGGUUCCUGGCGGUAUUGGAAGAGUCACUGGAUCUCAUGGCAGUCUUUGUUCUUGGAGAUUUCAUUCCAUUCCUUAAGUGGUUUGAUCCUUACGGUUAUGUUGAAAAAAUGAAGGCCAACCGUAAAGAAAUCAGCGGGAUAUACCAGAUGAUUAUUGAUGAGCACAAGUUGAAGAGAAAGGAAAAUUGCACUCCCACUGAUCUCGUGGAUAUACUCCUCUCACAAGGGGUGGACGAGACCACAAUCAAAGGAACGAUCAUGGGCAUGUUCGUCGCAGGAACUGACACAUCUUCACUCACGUCGGAGUGGGCUCUUACCUCGCUCAUAAACAAUCCAAGCUGCAUGAAGAGAGCCCAGGAGGAGCUCGAUAGAGUUGUGGGGCGAGAGCGCCGUGUCCAAGAAGAGGAUCUAUCCAGUCUUGUCUACUUGAAAGCCAUUGUCAAGGAGACCUUCCGGCUGCAUCCGCCCGCGCCGCUUCUGCUGCCACGCGAGUCAACCCAGGAGUGUACAGCCAAAGGCGGGUACAAAAUCCCCAAAGGUACACGACUCAUUAUCAAUACCUGGUCAAUCGGCCGAGACCCCAGCCUGUGGGAGUCGCCUGAAGAGUUCAAGCCCGAGAGAUUCCUUGAAAAGUCCAUCGAUAUCAAGGGACAAGACUUUGAGCUCAUUCCUUUCGGUGCCGGGCGGAGGAUUUGUGCUGGUUUGCCGCUGGGACAGACCAUGGUGGAGCUCACCCUGGCUAGCCUGCUACAAGCGUUUGAAUGGAAGACAGACAAAACGCUGGAUAUGGAGGAGUCUGAAGGGCUGACAACCAGGAUGAAAGUUCCACUCGCAGCACAUGUUACAUGCAGGACUUCUCUCAAGUUCUGAAUCUUUGCAUAUCAGAUUUGGUCCUCCUAUUAUAGCUUUGUUGUGAGAUGCCAAAGCCUUAUCUAAUUCAUCCUUUGUGUUUAAGAUUUUA